AUGGAAGAUAUUUGUUCAAAAGCGGUGGCAUUUUUUAUGGAAGAAGUACAAAAGAUGAUCCUGAGGCAGAAACUGAUACAAUUUGUUAUUCAGGACAUACGUGGAUUACCAAUGUUUAUGUCCGGCAGCCGAGCCGAGUGUAUUCAGGGGCUGGACUCCGACACUGAUAUCAUUUAUGAAUCUACAACUGUGAAGGCAACAGUUAGCACUGAACGAGCACGUCUUCUAAAGGAUAGGUAUCUGGAAAAUACAUUGCCUUUAAAGAGGGUGCAAUAUAACUACUAUGCUAUCGUAGUAAUGGAUACGAUGGAUAUACAUCCUGGCUAUACAAAAGUCAAAGUUUUUGAUAUUAAACAAAACACUUCACAAACUACCAUUGAUGUUAAAUCGCUUUGUUUUGAUGAUACAGAAUAUGUUUCAAGCGCACAGACGUCCCAAUAUUGGAAGGACAAAAUAGCACAAGGACAUAUAUUUCCAUUUCGUGGUAUGCAUACAAAAUUUCAACCCCAUGGUCCAUGCAUAAAAUUUCAAUUCGGAGGACUGGAACAGAUACACGAAAUAGACACGCUGUUUUCUUUGAAAUGCGAUUGGCCGGUAGCCGCUGACGAAUGGCUAACAAGACGCUGUGAACACCAAUGGCCUGACUUAAAGACAAUAGAGAAGAUACAGUCGAUGGGCUGUAGUUUGGUUCCUAUUGGACACGCAGAUUCGCCAGAGAAACACCUGGAAUGGAGGAUAUCUUUUAACAAGGCGGAGAGAGAGCUCGUUUGGUCUUUCAAUGGCACUCAGUACGCUUGCAUUUAUUUCAUGAAAAUUUUCUUCCACGCGAAGAUAAGACCAAAGUUUCCAGAUGUUUUCCCAUCUUACUUCAUCAAAACUGCAAUAUUUUGGUUGAUAGAGAAAUCACCAACUGAUUUUUGGAAACCAGAAAAUCUCCAUAUGUGUCUUGAGAAAUUGCUGGAGCAGAUCAUCACUUGUGUGGCAAAAAAAGAAGUACAAAAUUAUUUCAUCCCAGAAAACAACAUGAUUGACACUAGAUCAACAAUGCGUUUAGAACAACUUCAUUCUGAGCUGCUGAUUUAUGAAAAGCUGGGACCCACAAAAUGGAGAGAUGUGAUCAAAAUGAGAAUUGAGGAAAAGGAUGAAAAUGACGUGUACGUUCAUCAUGUCGAAAUUAAUUCACUAUGUAAUGUGCGUCAUAUUUCUUUGAACGUCCUCAACACAUUGGAGUCAGACACAUUUUCAGCACGUUUAGAGCACAUCAAUGAGAAGUUAAAACAGGCCAAAGGAAAAGGUCUCUUUCAGAACUCGUGUUUACUGUUACAACAGGAAAUAGGAACAUUUUUGUCUAUACACAACUUUCAAAGAAGUUUCUCAGAAAAUGACGCGACAAAAGAAGGCGACGCUCUUCAGACAUCGCUUGAAACACUGGCUGACACGUCUUUUUGUUGUGGUCGAUUGAUGCUAGCAACAUAUCAUUUAUACCUCAAAAGAUUCAAUGAAGCACAAGGUAUUGCUGCCGAUGUCAUCAGAGGCUACAACAACACAAUUGUUCAUUACUCGUUCUAUAACAGAGACAAAACUCCCAAGGAUGAAGACUUCGUCGAGAUGUUUCGCCAAAAAACGAGCUCUUUUCGAGAAACUUUAAAGCAUUUCAUAGCGUUUGACGUUGUAUGCCCUCCUCUUUUGACACAAUUUUACCCAGAAGCUGUUCAGAGUGCCAUGUCGAAAUUCAAUGAGGUUUUGUUUAUCAACCCUUUGUUCUAUGCAUAUGUACUACAUCUACAUUGCUCUAUUGAAUUGGGAAAUUCCAUCCGAACUUCGAAAGUGGUAGAUGAUUUGGUUUCAUUCAUGGAAAAGAACUCCAAAACUUUCCGACAAACACGGGACUUCCCAUUAUGUUACAUAACAGGAAAAUGCCUACAUCUCGUUGGCAGGACAGAAAAAGGCAAUGAGUAUAUGACAAUGGGUUUUGAAGGUAAACAUACUACAGCACUUUUAAUAUUAAUAUGA